UGGACCUCCAAGUGAUGUGCUGUUGGUUUGCUGUCAGCUUAGCUCCUCCACUGCCCCACAGGAAGAUCAAACGAGGACCUAGUGUUGGCCCAAGGGAGGGAGGUUAUAGCUGCCACUCUAUUCUAAGCGUUAACUUUAGUUCAUGAGGCACAGCUGUUCCCUUCUGCCCUCUGGAAGCUGAGCUCAGACGCUUGGGUGGACUUUGUAGACUUCUGAUUGAACUCAAAAAGCAGCAAAGAUGGGAGUUUCUGGAACAACGUGGUGAAUUCUGCCCGGUCUGUAUUUACAUGCGAGAUGAGAUCUCAGGAAAAGAUGCACUAGAGAAGACAACGCUGAAGUCACUUGGCCUGACAGGAGGCAGUGCUAUUGUCAGGGUUGUCAUGAAGAAAUGCAGUUUGUCUGGUCAGGAGGAAGCAGUGGAUACCACAGCACAGAGUGAUGAGCAAGUAGUAAGGCCAGGCUCUACUGAAGGAGCAGAGGAUGUGCCUCUACCUCAGACACAGACAUUCCCGGCGGUCUUGGAUCACAGGGAUGAGGUCUUGUCUUUAAACGACUGCACGGACGAGCAAGACUCAAUUAGAGAAUCAGAUGCCAGCUUGGAGGAGCUGUGUCCUCCCUCAGAGUCCAAGUCUACCCCAUUUGUCCCUUUUUUUGGAGGUGGACAACGUCUGGGGGACUCUUCUGUGUCUGCACCACCUCAGGAGUUAGAUAUGCCAUCUUCAGAGCUGCCAACAACUUUCUCUAGCCCUGGAGGCCCUUCUAAGCCAAAAAAGUCUAAGAACAGCCAAGAACUGCAAAAGGAACAAGAGCAGCUUGUAGAACGAGAGCCACUUCUGUGUCACCCAGACCUGCUAGAUCCGCUUCCUGCUGACCAGGAAGACCUUCCUGAUGAAUUUUUUGAAGUCACAGUGGAUGAUGUACGGAAACGUUUGGCACAACUGCAGAGCGAGAGGAAACGCCUAGAAGAAGCUCCACUGCUGACCAAAUCUUUAAGGGAGGCUCAGCUGAAAGAAAAGCUAGAACGUUACCCAAAGGUGGUGUUAAGAGUCCAUUUCCCUGACCGCCAUAUCCUGCAGGGGUUCUUCCGACCUACUGAAACUGUUGGCAUUGUGAGAGAUUUUGUAAGAAGCCACCUUGCAGAUCCAGAUUUACCAUUUUACUUGUUUAUUGCACCUCCCAGAGUCAUCUUGAACGAUGAAAAUUUGACGCUCUCUGAGGCUAAACUCUUUCCAGCUGCUGUCAUUCAUUUUGGAUCUGAGGAGCGCAGGGAUUGUUACCUGAAAUCGGACCUGCUGAGCUCUGCAGUUUCCCCUUCUGCAGCUGAUUUAUUAAUGGCCAGGUGUUUGUCCAAACCGCUAGCUCCUUCUGCCUCAUCAUCCUCGGAAUCAAUAGUUCCAUCCCUACCUGAACCAGAAGUGGGCAGUGACAAAAAGACUGAACGACCAGAACCAGCAAGAGUGCAUGAAGCUCCACAGGUGCUGAGAAGGGCCCCUGGGAAAAUACCCAAGUGGCUGAAGCUACCAGGUGGGAAGAGAUGAAGCAUCCUGAGCUGCAGUGAGCAUUCAGUUGUGCCUCUUUCCUGAUGAACUACUUCAGAAUUUGUAAGAAAUCGUUGGUGGCCCUGGAGAGAUCUAAUACAUGUGAACAUUAAUUAUAUACAGAAAAUUGCUAUUACUUUCAACUGCCAGCUUCACCUUUUGGAGGUGUGCAAGGCCUGUUUAUGGGCUUUGUGACUACAGAAGCAAGAUUAGAGGUUAAAUUUAACAUUUCCUGCAUGCAAAUAAUAUGAAUGGAGAAUGGAAGGGAAAACAAUUCCUAGAUAAUGUCUGUGAAGGACUGUGAUUUCAUCCAUAUUUUUAAAUUCAAAUCCUCCUACCUUUUGCCUUUCUAUCCUCAAAGAUAGCUUGAGUCUGGCUGCUUGAACUCUAGCAGCAAGGUACAAUUCAAUUUUACCUAUAGUUUAGUGCUGAGUAGAACAAGACCUCUCUGCUUUUUGCUGGUAAUUCUGGGCAUAGAUGGCUAGAAAGUGGGUUUAAGGGAAGCACAUCACUUAAACAGUUCACGUUGCCUUUUCCUAUGAAACUCUUGGUCUGCUCCACUUACAUUGUUUUCAUUUGCCCCAGAACACAGGUAGCUGUUAAUGGAAUUUUCUCUGCACAUAAUUUGUGUCAGUAACUAUGGGUAUAAUGCAGGGAAAAAAAAUUCCCAUAAGAAUCUCUUUAUGUGACUAUCAAUCUACAAACAUCUUCUGUGGUCUGAGAGUUCCCACAGCAGAGUAAGCUGUUCUCUGCAUGCAGUUGGUGUGCAGAGGGAAGUGCUAGUCCUGAGUUUGCCUCCUGCAGAUGCUGCAGUGGGAUGAGUGUUACUGUUUAGAACUGUGCUUACACUGGAGAUUAUAGUGCCACAGAAGCCAUGGUGCUUUAUUUUUAUUUUUUUUAAGUCCUCUCCAUGGAUCAGUGAUUCAUAUUGGGCAAGCUGGGGUUCCAUGUUAUGGUAAUAGCAUAUUUUCCAUUUUCCCUGUACAGGCAAUUGUUCUCUAAACUAUGUGUGCAUCUGCACAAUUUUGAGAUGUAAUAAAGCACAGUGGCCAGAGGA